AUGUCCGAGAUCACGACGACGAAAGGUGCGCCUGCUGGGGUCACACCCGAGAAAAAGCAAGCGAACCCCGUCGCUGAGAAGUCCGACUGCGCCGUUACCUGGAAGUCCAUGAGCGUACGGCAAAAAUGGUCCUUCCUCACCAGCAAUAUCACCGUCGAGCCGAUGGUCGCAUGCUACGUGAUACCGAGCGUGCUGUCCUCUUUGGCCGUGCAGAAUCUCAUUCUCGAAAAGGCGUGCCGUGUGAACCUGGCCUACCCGGACGAAGUGUGCUCCGCGUUGUCCGCCAGGAACACUACCGGCUAUGAGGCCGAGGAGACCGCCGUUCAACAGCUGGUAGCACGUAUGCAGACCUGGAAGACUCCGCUGCAAAGCGCCUUGCCGACCAUCCUCAUUCUGUUCAUGGGUGCGUGGAGCGAUCGCACCGGCCUGAGGAAGCCCUGCAUGCUAUUGCCGAUCAUUGGCGAGUUCUUCAGCAGCGUCACCCUCAUCUGCUGCACCUACUGGUUCUACGAACUACCCAUGGAGGCGGUCGUGUUAGAGGCGCUGUGGCCAGCCUUGGCCGGUGGCUGGUCCACCAUGUUCAUGGGCAUCUUCAGCUACAUAGCGGAUAUCACGUCCGUGGAGUCGAGGACGCUCAGAAUCGGUGCGGCCAACGUUUUCCUGUCGUUCGGCGUGCCGAUCGGCAUGGCCCUAUCCGGGAUACUCUACACGAAGCUCGGUUUCUACGGUGUCUUCAGCAUCACCAGCGUGUGUUACAUCCUGAGCUUUGUGUACGGCCUGGUGGUCAUCAAGGAGCCGCCACGAGUACUCGCGGAACGCGCGCGGAAGAAGGCCCUGCCGAGCAAACCUAAGCGGAUCUCGGUCUGCGCCUUCGUCAUGGACUUCUUCUCGUUACGGCACAUUGAGGAGACGUUUCGCGUGGCGUUCAAGAAAGGGGCCAACAACCGUCAGAAGAGAGCCAUCGUGCUCAUGGUCAUUGUUAUGGUCGUCAUCGGACCCCUUUACGGCGAAAUGGCGGUUCUGUAUCUUUACAUGCGGUACCGAUACAACUGGAACGAAGUGAAAUUCAGCAUGUUCUCCACAUUUGGCAUGGUAACUAAUCUGAUCGGAACCGCGGUCUCCGUCGGCAUCUUCAGUCACAUCCUCAAGAUAGAUGACGCGAUCGUGGGUAUAAUGAGCUGUAUGAGUAAAAUCUUAGCAAGUUUCGUGUACGCAUUCGCCGUUACGGACUGGAUGGCCUACGUAGCCGCUAUCGUGGAGAUUGUGAACGGAACAUCCAUUAUUGCUAUGCGAUCGAUAGCCUCUAAGCUCGUGCCUACGGAUGAACUAGGUAAGGUGAAUUCGCUGUUCGGCGUGUGCGAGUCCCUGAUGCCACUCAUUUAUGGGCCAAUGUACAGCGCCAUUUACGCGGCGACCAUGAACACAUUUCCGGGGACGUUCUUCAUCGCCGGAGGAUGCAUGACUAUGCCCGCCGUGUUCGCAUUCUUAUGGUUGUAUACGGAGCAUCGAAAGGAUCGUUUGCUGAGGGAACAGAAGGACCUGGAGGCUACGACCAACCACAAGAACGAGGACACGGCAGAUCACAGUUCGAAGACCUUGAAUUCCCGAAUCGUAGACACGCCGAAGAGCAUGCAGAAAGCCGAAAUGAUAAACGGUAUAGAUAACUCGGCCUUCGAAUCCGAACAGUUGUGAUCUCAUCUUCCUCCUUUUUAAUACGCAAAAACAAACGAGAUGUCGAUAAUACCUCAUCAAAAAAAAAGAACUGACGCAAAAAGGACCUUACGAGGUCGAUGCGUGAUAAGCGUCAUAAUCGCGCUGGUAAACUAACUAGUGAGUCGUCGAACUUACGUGAGUUAUCUUGUGAAAGAACACCAAAGUCUGCGAAACUUCAAAGCAAAUAGUGCAUCAAAAUUCGGUGUGCCUGACAGUUCCAGCGGAUCACGUUCGUCGGAGUUCGGGAAAGCAAAUUUUAUUCCGAGCCUACUUAGGAUUUAUUAGGGAUGACAAUUCGCGACUAAGAUUAUUCGGAACAACGCUUAGUAAAGCCUGUUCCGCAGCUUCUAGACUCCAGAAGGGUCGCGCGGGAAUAAAUCGGGACUCGAAACUACUAAAUUUUUUUUUUCAGAUUCCACGCAACUGCUAACGAUCGUCAUCUCCACAGAGGUGACGACAAUUAAGAUUCAAUUUAGGAUGUAAAUAAAACAAAAAACCUCAUUGACUCUCUUCUCGAUCGUCCAUGACUUCACUUACUGCAGCUUAUAGAUUCCUUUCCGAGCAUUUACGCAAUAUGUAAGACGUUCCGAAUAAAGGAUAACCACCGGUCUAUUUUUAAUAUUUAACACUUGUCGUUAAGGUAAUAAAGUGAUUAUUGUGUAAGAUUUUGCAACGUACGAUUAAAUCAGUCAUCUUAGAAAGGACAGAUUAUUCGAUUCUUAUUUUUUAGGGAACAUGAGAAAUAUUCGAUAGCAAUAACUCCCAGCCAUAAAACUUUUAUCAGCUUUUUAUUAUAUUCGUUGUAUUUUUUACUCUGUUUCUACUACAAUAACUGAAAUAUCUUCUAUACAUAAAUACGGAAAUCUAUUUUCAAAUAUUUUUUGGGCCCUUUUUAAGAUGAAGGAUUCAAUUAUGUAUAAUAUAUUACAUGUACGUAAUAUAAUUUCCGUUGCAAAUAUCUCGCAAUCUUGAAUAUAUUGCUUGCUUAAAAGUGCGUCUUUAAUGAGUCAAUUACACGCGACAAGAGCGUCGUACGUGGACACAUUAAACGUGAUACUCAAAUUUUUAUUUAACGAUUCAUAUCCUUUAUUUCGGGUACUAGUACAAACUGUACUUAAGCGAAUUACGACGAGAGCGUGAAAGAAAUAUGUGCGUCACAGACACUCACGUCGCGACGCGUUGGUUAUUCAGUUUCCUACCAUAUGAACUCUUAAGAAGAAAUUUUGAAUAAAAUUUGGAUCCCAUUUUUUUAUUCAAGAAAAUUCUAUAGAAAGCACGCUGAUUGCGCGACAAUUAGACAUUGUAAUUAAGGGAUUUUGAAUUUCAAUGAAGUUAUAUGACUAACAACGUUAUAUAGCUAACACGCAAGCCUCGUUUUCGAUUAACUUUAAGCGUGGAAUUUACUUUAAUGCAAAUUUUAUUUAAGAUUUAAUUCAUGUAUAUGCAUAUACCAUAUAAUAUAAACCGAAAAUUGACGAAACUGAAGAAUAUACUUAUAGUCGAUUUUGUGAAAAACCCUUCCUGCAAAUGAAUCUCACAGAUUCAAAGUUGAAUUCAGUUAUUAAAGUUACUCCGCGAAUCUAUAUGAAAAUUAAACGGUUUGAUAACCCGUUCAUUUGCCUCGAGCAAUUUUGAAUCUUUUUUACGUACACAUAUUCCCGUACACAUAGUCUAGUUUUACAUAUAUCACAAGUUUAUAAUUUCGUAUUAUAAAUUUACAAUAGUUAUAUUAGAUGUGAAUAAAAUAUAAAAUAGUAUACGUUAAUUUCAUUGUUCUAACUAACCAAGUUACGACGUGUCAGAAAUCAUGGUUUUUACUUCCCAGACAGCACAAGAUUUCCUGAGGACAUCCUUAGGACGUCCUGAGAACGAAGAAAUGUCUUCAGGACUUCCUCAGGAUGUUCUCUGGAUGUCCCAUGGAUAUCUGUGCUGUUAGGGUUACGUAUGUACUACAUAUGUACUAUGUAUGUAUUAAAUAUAUAUCAACCAUGAGAUAGACAUUAAAUUGAAGAGAUGGCAGAAAUAAAUAUCAAAGUAAUCAAAUAUCUACCUUAUUAUCAAAUAUCAAAUAUCUAUCUUAUUAUUUCUUUUAUUUUUACAAUUGUGAGAUAAAAUACCAAGAUAAUUUAAUAUAUCAAUGACAAAUGGCUCCGCAUUAAAAAAUUUACGUUCCAACAGCAUUUAUAUUUAAUACUUCCUCUCAUCUCUCUUUCUUUCUCUCUCUCCCUCUUUCUUUCUAUCUACCUAUAUAUCUCAUUCUCUAUACUAUCGUAGCAUUUAAGAGAGGAAACACUCCUUCUCUUUAUAUGUGAUAACUGACCAUCGACCUGACCGAUCGGUACACUCUUCAAAUAUUAAUUUAAUGCGACAUACUUUGGCAUUGUAUACAAUUCUACAAUUUAUAUAUUGCUUAUGAUAAAACAAUAUUUGAUGUUUGUACACACACAAUAAAAAAAUACAUAAUGAAAAAUUUAUUUAA